GAAGGAGCACGUGGCGCUUUAACAGGUUACACAUAGGGAAGAAGCUGUAGGACCCGGGGCAGCGAUCAGCUGCUCUACAGAACUGUGUUCUCUGGACACCAGACACUAUAGCACAGCUGUAACUUGACUGAGUCAAUACUCUCAGCCUGUAUGUCAUCUUUCUGCUGAAAAGGAAUAACCCAUCACCUCGAGAACUUGGACUUUGUACUGUAAAAUAAGGCAAAUAGAAAGACCUGGAUUUUGAAUCCAUCUCAACUUUUGCAUUUUGAUUUCUAAUCUCAAAUGUUACCAUGUGUAGGCUUCUUUGAAAAGGAUGACGCAUACAGACAUGUUAUUUUAGAAUUAUGUGAGGGUAUGAGUUUUGAUUCACACCUUGCAGAUAGCAUCUGUAAUACUCUGUGAACAUACAAAAUGAUUCAUCUUUUGUCUCUCCCUGCUGUCUCAGUAUGUGUAGCCCAUCUAUGAUGCUGUCUGUUCAAAAAGUGUAUGACAUUGUUGGCAGUAUACAAAGCGUGUGAAAAGUUAGGAUUUUGCUUGACACCAAUCACAUCAAAAGCAAAACGUCAUUGACAGAAACAAACUUGAAUUGUUGUGUCGUUGUCCUCCGGUGGCUAGCUAGCUAAAAUCGUCCCUUUUCAUGGAUAGAGACAGGGAUUUGGAGUUUUGGUUUUACUUAAUUCUCCGUGCUGGCCAAUUAUUAUAAGGGAGAUUCUGAUCCAACCAUAAAUUCAAACAUUGUGCCGCUGGCCUGAGAGGAUGGAAGUUCAACAUGUAGCUAGAUGUAGUUCGCUAAUUUUAAUUAACUGGCCUGGUGUAUCGUUGCCCAUGAAAGGAAGUUAGGCUAGCGAGCAAGCAUUUAAGUCAGGUAGCCUAGGGCAACAACAACUAUAAAAGUGUAGGAUGGCAUUUGCAUUUCUCUACAAGUAGGGUGAGUCAACAUGUUUUUUCUACUUACACAUACACAGAACUCAGUCCCAUGGACAGCCACAUCAUAUUUAGCUUAAGUUGAUUGGACUAAAUAGUUGUUGGUAUCUUUUAGUAGUCAGAUUAAAUGUAGCACAUGGGGAUGUGUGAAACUUACUCCUCAGCCUGAAGUGUCCACACUUGUGCCAGCUAAUAGCUAGCUUUUCGCGUAGCACCGACUGGUAAGACGUUACAGGAGGGCGGUCAUGUGUGCUAGCACGGCAGAGGUCCCAAGUUCGCGCUCAGAAAAAUGAAGGCCUUGUUUAUUCUCGUCACUUGUCAGAGAGAGAACACCUAAAUACCUUUUGAGAUCUGCUUAUUUCGUGCAAGAUUUUGUAUCAAUGGUGAAUAGAAUUACUGUUUUGAUUAUUCUGUAAGUGAUUAUUCUACACAGUGGCGUGUUCAUGGAUGCCAAGGGAAGCCAGGCUUCUCCAAAUAUUUGACCAAUACCAAAAUAUUAAUAAAAUUAUAUUUUGUCUGUGUUUUCAUAAUUUGAGUGUCUGAAUCUCACUGGAGAAAUGAUCGGAGUGAGGGAAACAGCGCCCCUCUGUCUCAGUAUGUGUAGCCCAUUUAUCUGUUGCUAUCUGGACCUAAAAAGUAUAACAUGUUGCCCCCCUAGCAUUUGAUUGAAUGAUACCAGCAAGCAUUUGGACAAAACUUCAGUGUCGGUUUCUGGUCUGCUUGUGUUGAUGUCCUGCAGUAGCUAGCUUGCUAAAUCCUCCCAUUCCUAAACCAUGGAUGGAGAUGGGGAUUUGGACUUGUUGUUUUGACUUAAUUCUCUGUACAGGCCAAUGAUUGUGAUGGCGAUUCUGAUCUAACUAUAAAUGUAUAUGUUGUGCCACUGGCCUGAGAUGAUUGAAGUUGAAUAUGUAGCCUAGCAGGCUCCCAUUAACUAGCUAGCAAGAAAGGAGGUUUGCAUUGGCAUUCAACUAGUCUACAAGUAUGGUGAGUCUCAAAAAAAUGUUUUGCUUAAGCACGCACACCCACACACACAGACUGAAAUCUGUACCAUGGACAGCCACAUGACAUUUAGCAACAUUGAUUGGACUAAAUUUUUUGGGGUAUAUUUUAAGUUAGUUUUCAGUGUAUUAAACUAAGCAUUUAUAGCCUUGUUCAUUUUAUGAUGUUUAAUUUGAAAUUGUACUGGAAUAGCAAAGGCAGUGCUCCUGUUGUUUUUAUGCUGACUUGUGGUAACUGGUUUUAAAUCAGUAAGUAAACUGUUGAAAACAUGAACUUGCUUGACCAUGCUGCAGGUGAAAUAACUGUUACAUGCAAUAUUUGCUUUGUGGACUUCACCACUCUGGUUUUGUGAUUAAACAAAGGUGUGGUUGAAUUUAUUCUGCCAGUGUGGCUUCCCAGGUAGCACAAAACGUCUGGCCCACAUCUGGCCUGAUUCCGGCAUGCCAGAUCUAAAACUGCUGGCCUGGGUCUGGCAGCCGGAUCCUGCCCGAGUCUGAAAUGAAUGUCGGUACAGACUAGGCCUGAGUCAUUCGGGCCAGAUCUGGCAGCCUGAACUGAGCCAAAGCUGCCAUGUUAGGGCCAGAAUCGUCCAAGGAAUGGCCCAAAUAUACUUGAUUUUACCCCCCACACACACACCACUGCAAAAAAAUAUAUGAAUAUUAAAAUAUGUGGAGAGGUGUGCAAAAAUAAUCAAUGUGACAUUAAGGAGACGUUUUUAUCCAAAGUGACAGUAUGUUGGCAUGCAUUCAUUUUCUGUUCGUGGACCCAGGAAUCGAACCCACAAUCAUGACGUUUCGGGCGCCAUGGUUUUUUCCAUUGACAGCUAUGGUCUUUGUUUAUUUUGGCUAAAGACUAACUUUGUAAGUUUAAUAGGCUAUUGGAAUAAUUCAACAUGCAUGGUUGUAGGCUGCAUCACUCCUUCAGCCUAGGUAGCAGAUUAUCAAAUGGAAGAUAUAGGCCUAUGUUUUGGGAAAAUACAAUUAUUCUAUGUCUUAGGAUACAACACAGUGCAAUGAGAAAUGUAUUAUUGUUAGUACACAAUUAUUGUCUAGGUUGUAAACUGCAGUGAUGUAGGCUAAUAUGAAUAACCGCUCAAACGUCUUUUUGUGUUUCAUGCGGAAAUAAAGUACUGAUUAUACAACCAUUUGGAACAGUUUUGGCUUUAUUCUCGACAGUUUACAAGGUCCAGAAAAUUUCAUUAUGCCACUCAUAUGGUGUAUUUUGUCAGGAUGUAUCAACGUUUACAGAUAGGCUAUAGCCUAUUUUUCUAUGGUAGGCCUAUGACACUGAGAUGUGCUGUCUAUCGUAGACAGUGGUGUAAAGUACUUAAGUAAAAGUACUUUAAAAGUAUUAAUUAAUUAGUUUUUUGGGGUAUCUGUACUUUACUAUUUAUAUUUUUGACUACUUUUACUUCACUACAUUGCUCAUGAAAAUAAUGUACUUUUUACUCCGUACAUUUUCCCUGACACCCAAAGUACUCGUUACAUUUUGAAUGCAUAGCAGGACAGGACAAUGGUCCAUUUGCACACUUAUCAAGAGAACAUCCCUACUGCCUCUUAUCUGGUGGCCUCACUAAACACACGUUUCAUUUGUAAAUUAUAUCUGAGUGUUGGAGUGUGCCCCUGGCUAUCAGUAAAUGUAAAUAACAAGAAAAUGUUGCUGUCUGGUUCGUUUAAUAUAAGGAAUUUGAAAUGAUUUAAUGCUUAAGUAUAUUUUAGCAAUUACAUUUACUUUUGAUACUUAAGUAUAUUUAAAACCAAAUACUUUUAGACUUACUCAAGUAGUAUUUUACUUGGUGACUUUCACUUUUACUUGAGUCAUCAUCGGUUCCUCUUUUUGUGUUGUCCGUUGUAUGUUUCCUUUUACUCAACUAUGACAAUUUGCAACUUUUUCCACCACUGGUCGUGGAUCAUGUAUCCCAAGUCAUCCUAUAAUUAACAUUGCCACCAGCAUAUGCCUAAAAAUCGCUAAUGCCAUUAUAUUAAACCAGGAUUGGCCGAAUGACUGAAUUUAAUAGAAUUGUGAGUGGGUUUCGGGAAAAAAAUCUGUAGUAAAAUCUAAUUAAUUUAUAGUAGAGAUUAUCUAGGGUCAUUCUCCAUCUAAUAGUAUAAUAGGCCGAAUUUUUGCUUGAAAAUUCGAGCUGAAAUUAUUACAAUAAUUUGUUUUUUUGUAUUAUUCCAUCCCCUGCCGAAUAGAAAAUCUCAUAUGGCCCUCCUGAAAAAAGGUAAUUGUGUUGUUUGCUCAGCAUAUCUAUCACAGAUUGUGAUAUGGCAUUUUUUUCGUGGCUUGCCGUCGCUUGUGGUUUUACACAUGCACCGAUGCUGCUAGAGACCUUCUGAAAACAAUGGCCUUGUUUAUUCUCGUCACCUUUUGAGAUCUACUUAUUUCGUGCAAGAUUUUGUGUGUAAAUGGGGAAUAUAUAUAUUUUUUGUGGAUUUAAACUUGUUCCGCCACUGUGUGACUGUUGUCUAUUUGUUGUCACGGCCUUAUUGUAUUUCACGGUGGCGUAUGAAUGGGUUGUAGAGCAAACAACGCAAUUAUCAUAACAGGUUUUAAUAGCUUUUUUUAUUGGCUUGGCUUUCUCAGUGAUUUUACCCAUGAACCGCUAGUGUUUCUGCAACGUGAUGGAGUUGUCUCUUUUGCUCUCUUUUGCUGAUAGUUCCAAACUUCUCUCUGAUACAUAUUUCCACUGACGCUGAGUUUUGGUGUGAUUCUAUUGGCGUAGGGAAGGUGAAAGUAAACUUGAGGGGAACAUGGUUGCUUUCAUGCAAAUACAAGGGACAACACAAAAAGAGGAACCGAUGUAAAAUGAGAAACAAGACAUUGUUCAACCAAUUGUGAGAGUUGAUUCACACCGAGACGAGAUUGGCAAAACGGACUACUGUAGUUCCGAAAUAUAUGAUUAUUGAUAGAGAUUUCUGAACUAGAUGGGAGCGGUCGGUUUGUCUCUUCUUCCACUGAAAACUAUUGAACGACUUCUGGUCUCGUCGAAAACAUCGUCGGAAUCGGUAAAGGGGCAGGCGUUUGUAAGUUUUGAGAUAAAGAUACAGUAGUCUCGUUUACGUGGACGAAGAAAUUCAUCUCAGGGUAUUCCGGAAGCAGCUGAAUAGAACGCAGACAGACUAGAGAUGGGUGACUGGAAUCUCAGCAUUGGGACUUUGAGUGAAGGAGCUCAGAGCAGGUUAGCUGACAUGCUGGAUAAUGCCAAAUGUGGAUGGAGACAACUUGCCAAAGUUGUCACUGAGGAACCUCGAUUCCGCUGCAGUGAGAAUGAGAUGACCAGCUGUUCGCUCCAGGUGCUCAGCCCGACAGGCAGCCCCAGCCGCUACCUCCUAGAGAGGCUGUCUGAGCGCUCCUGCACCCUGGGCUUCCUGCUGCACUGCCUGAAGAAGAUGGAGCACCAUGAAGCUGCGCAGUACCUCACUGCUAACGUGAUGGAGCGGUUUCAGAUCACAGUGCAGCCCCAGGCCCAGCAUGCUACAGAGGGAGGCAGGGUUGUGCUGGUCUGUAAGGCUAUUGGUCCUGCUGCUAUGGGCUACCAGUGGUUCAAAGGCAAAGAAGAGGUGCUGGGUGGAAGUGGUCCAGAGUUGCUCCUUUGCCCUUUAACCCCAACCCACCAGGGACACUACAUUUGCCGGGUCAACCAUGGAGAGAACUUUGUCUUCUCCCAGUGGGCACAUGUCCGCAUUGUCAGGUCAGCUGGCUCCAACACAGGUGUCAGUAGCAGCUUCUUCCCUCCCUCAGUGAGUGGAGUGCGUAUUGUCCGUCAGCCCCGGCUCCAGGUAGUAGCUGAGGGGGACUCCUUGUGUCUAGACUGCUUUGCUGAGGCCAACCCUCCUCCUCAGUACCAGUGGUACCACAAUAAACAACUAAUGCCAACAGGCAAGCUAAGCACCCUGAGGAUACUGUGUGUGACCACAGCAGAUCGAGGAAUGUACAGCUGCAGGGUGUUCAACCUGUACCAUGAGGUGUGGAGCGACCAGGUUCAUGUCAAAAUAGACCCUGGUUCCUCCAUUGAUGCCUCCUGGGGAGAAAUAGACCCUGCUGCCACACCUAGCCCUGCCAGGCAGAUAAGUAAAUUAUAUGCCACGGACAAAGUGGCUCUUCUGAUGGGCAACAUGAACUACCUGCACCACAGGCCUCUGCGAGCGCCCAUGGCUGACGUGCACGAGAUGACCAACCUGCUGCGUCAGCUGGACUUCAAGGUGGUUUCUCUGCUGGACCUCAACUGGCAGGAGAUGCACAGCGCUGUAACUGAGUUCCUACUGCUGCUCGACCGCGGCGUCUAUGGGCUUCUAUACUUUGCGGGUCAUGGUUAUGAGAACUAUGGGAACAGUUUCAUGGUGCCCAUUGAUGCCCCGGCUUCUUAUACCUCAGAGAACUGCCUGUGGGUGCAGGAUGUGCUACAGCGGAUGCAGGAGCGAGAGACGAGUCUCAAUGUAUUUCUAUUGGACAUGUGUCGCAAAAGAAACUUGAACGACGGCGUCCCUCCACAGCCAGGGCAACUGAAAGUGACCGCAAACAUAGUGUUUGGUUAUGCCACGUGUGUGGAUGCAGAGGCCUUUGAGGUGAAUAAAGACGACCUGUCCAAUGGAAUCUUCAUCAAUUUCCUCAAACAGAGAGUCAUGGACGACGAGAAGGUCACUGUCAUGCUGGACAGGGUGGCCGAAGACAUGGGUCGGUGUGAGAUCACACGAGGGCGGCAGGCUCUAGAGUUACGCAGUAAUCUUUCUGAGCGACGUGCACUCACUGACCGCAUCCAGAGCUCCGGCUGCCCAGAGACUACCUCGGCACGCAACCUGCAGUGGGCCAUAGCACAUGUUCUUCCAAAGAGCCGUAACCUGCAGUUUGACUGUGGCGUGACGGUGCAGCUGGGCUUCGCAGCAGAAUUCUCCAACGUCAUGAUCAUCUACACCCGAAUAUUGGAGAACCCCAAGGAAAUUGCGUCCUGCUCGGCCCAUCUCACAGACUUCACUGAGGGUUUGGAUAUGGAUCUGAAGAUGAGUAAUCAGGAGAACCUCCUAGAUGCAGGGAGUUUACUGCCAAUGGAGAUUCUCCUGCCUGCAGAGCUUCCAGGCCUCUAUACCCGCCUGAAGGGACUGCAGAGACUUAAGAAGGAGUUGACAUUCACUGUGUGCCUUCAGUAUAAGUAUACAAACUUGGAUGAGGAGGUCCAUGAGAGGCAAACUGUCACUGUGGGCAAACCACUGGUAUCCAAACUCAAUCUCCACGAACCUCGGCUUCCCCGCUCCUACUCGGCCUCCUCCUCAUUCGACCUUCACUCCUUCAGCCAUUCCUCCUCCUUCCCAGAGGGCUCUGGGCCAAGCUUCCCUACCUCAGAGACUUCCUCCAUUGGCUCAGCCUCCACCACCUGGUCAUAUUACUCACAGCCAGGAGUGUCUGCCACCCCAUCUUCCCCCGGGAAGUUAAAUCUACCUGUGGAGGAUGACAGUCCAGAGUUGUUUGAUUCUGACGCCCCUCAGCCUCUCACCACAAGCAAAAGCCUGCCUCAUGGUCAAGUAGAGGACCUCACAUAUCGGUUCAGUAACAUGCACAACUUCCAUUCAUGUUAGUCAUGUCAAUUUGCAGUGUUGUAAGCCGUGCAACCCAUUGUGUUUUGUCUACAGACGUACACAUUAACUUAUAGUGCAACUUACUUUACAACAAAUUGAUCCCAUGACCUGCAUUGUUUAUAUGUUAAAGAAUAUGUAGAGAAUAACUGAUGUAAUCAAUUUUUUUUAGCUCAUGUAAUGGUUGUUUGUCUUAAUGUUAUGAAAAUAUAGUGCCUUAAAGCAUAACCAUUUGGGCAUGCUGUUAAUACAUUCCUUUCACAUCUUUCACAUGGUGGAUUUAACUUUUCUUUAAACAGACAUACAUUUCUUAUAAAAAUGUGUUUGAACAUUUUGAUUCUGACCUCUCAUAUUGUAUGCAAAAGACAACUCAUUUAGGCUGGGAUAUGUUUAUUAUCCUGUCAGAGCCUUUAUAUCCAGACCUUUGCAGUGUAAGGGAUGUCAAAUGUUUGGACAUGUAAAAAGUGUCUGCAGACGGAAGGAGCCGAGAUGUGGAACGUGUGGGGGGAAAUCCGUUUGAUAGAGACUGUAUAGCAGAAGAGAAUUGCAAAGGAAUAAAGUGUUGUAACUGUGGUGAUGAGGCAAUAUCCUUGGAAUGCCCAAAUAUGGUGGUGGAGGUGGCCAAAAUCAGGGCAGUUCAGUCCGUCUUUUAUGCGGAAGGUGCUAUAAAGGGUAGAAAUAGCAAAAGGUCCGACACAGCAACAAGCAGCGAUGCCUGCGUGUCACCUGCAAGAUCCAGACAUUCUUCAAGUAAAGAAAGUGGACGUUGUGUCAUUUAUAGCAAUGGUGAUAAAUGGAACUACAGAAGUAGAAAUAAGUCAAGAAAGAUUGACAUUGAUCCUGCAGCUGAACUCUUUCAAGGAUUAAAGGAUUUUACAUCUGAGGAGUUGCAGUGCCUUUGGAAAGUAUUCAGACUCCUUGACUUUUUCCACAUUUUCUUACGUUACAACCUUAUUCUAAAAUGGAUAAAAUUGUUUUUUCCUCCAUCAAUCUACACACAAUACCCCAUAAUGUCAAAGCAAAAACUGGUUAAGAAAUGUUUGCUAAUUGAUCAAAAAUAAAAAAACAUAUCACAUUUA